AUGCCUUCCUGGACACAUCUCAUUCGGUUCAUUGCUGUGGAGGACAGUCAGGUCCACCUCGGGCAGUUGGUCGAUACUUCUCGCGAUAUCGGUAAGGAUAGUACAAAUGGAGUCCAGAUUGCAGCAUAUUUGAUCCAGGGAACUAUUUAUGAUGGUCGUGUUACUGGAGAAAUCAUGCACGUUCAGCAGUUGCUUUCGCCAAUUACUCGAGAAGAAUGCAAUUACAUUCGCUGUCUUGGACUGAACUAUCUGGAUCAUGCAAAUGAAGCCAAGAUGGCACUUCCUAAAGCACCCAUCCUUUUCACCAAACCUCGAAGUGCACUGAUAGGGCCAUACCCCGCGACGAUCAACAUUCCCAAAUGUGCGCAAGAUGAGACAAGUGAUUAUGAAGCGGAGCUCUGCCUGGUGAUUGGAAAAACAGGACGCGAUAUCCCAGAGGAGGAAGCACUUGAUUAUGUUUUGGGAUACACUGCAUCCAACGACGUCUCUGCUCGUGCCAUGCAGAUGAUUACCGCUCAGUGGUCAUUUUCUAAGGGACUUGAUGGAAGCUGCCCCAUUGGACCUGUCCUUGUUGCUCCCUCUGUGAUUCAAGAUCCACAGAUUCUAUCUAUUAAGGCCAUUCACAACGGAAAUACUGUUCAAGAUGGACACACCAAGGAUAUGAUCUUCUCCAUCAAGAAGCAGAUAUCUUAUCUGUCUCAAGGCACUACCUUGGAGGCAGGCACAAUCUUUCUGACUGGUACACCAGCUGGUAUUGGCUAUUUCCGUGAUCCCCGGGUCGUUCUCAGAGAUGGCGAUGAGAUUUCGGUCCAGAUAGAGCAGAUCGGAACAUUGGUCAACCGAGUGCGCUAUGAGAGCCACUGA